UUAUGACAGUUGCGCAUGCGCAUUCGCAAGGAGGCACUCCAAAGUCACCCCGCUGCGGUCCUCCUGGGGAGUCUGAGUGAAAUGAGUAGUGGGGCUCCCGGGACCUUAAGGUUCAGUAAAACUGCGGAGUCACCAGUUUCUGGAAGCGGUAAUAAACGGAGCGAUUCACUGGCGUCCGCGUCCUCCUGCCCUAUUUUUAAAGAUGUUGGCGAAAUAUAUUCCCGACUUUUGGAUCACAGACCAGUUAUUCAAGGAGAAAUUCGUUAUUUCAUCAAAGAAUUUGAAGAAAAAAGAGGUCUCCGAGAAAUGCGGGUUCUUGAAAACUUAAAGAACACGAUGUUUGAGGCAAAUGACAAGAUUUUGCCCAAGUGUGAAGAAGUAAUGCGUGGAAAUCUGAACGAAGUAUUAGGGAGAUUGCAGGUAGCCAACCAGAUGUUCAACACAUUCCAGCAGAGAGAGCAGGAAGAAAGGCAGCUUCAGACGGAGAAACUAAGGGCUGGUGAAGCCCAACGUGUGGCUCUCUGGGAGGCAUUCAUGGAGGAGCAGCAGCACCUAAAAGCAACAGUGAAUGAAGAGCACACAAAAGCUAUGGAGCGUCUUAAAGAGCAAUAUGCUGUAAUGGAGAAGGACCUCACAACACAGGCUCUCUAGGAAAUGCUCUUCUGCCAUUUUCCUGCAGUUUUCAAGUUUCAGGGUUUCCCACACAGUAUUAGAAUUUAGUUAAAAAUAGCAGGGAUCUAAACAAAAACUGAAAUUGGUUCUUUGCACUGAAUAAUUGUUUCAUUUUCAUUUAAGCACACACACACACACACAAAAGGUUUGUGCAGCAGCAGUAACAGUAUUAUACUUCAACAGACCAGAUCAGUGCCCAGUUAAAAUCUAUUUACAAAAUGAAUGAUUACAUACUGUACAUUUGUUUGGUCCUUUCAAUGAGCUCUCCUGUUACUUUCCCAAAGAACCAGCUUCUGCUGAAGGCAGGGAGGGGUCGUAAUUAUGUGCAGACAUACUGCAGUGACCUGACAUGUAGAGCAAUAUUAACUGCAAAAGGCCACAUAACUUGGGAGUAUAAUAGUCUGAAGUUUAUGAAUGAAUUCUUUAUGUUUGUGAGGUUAUCAGGAUAACUUUAAAAAACCUUGAGAAAGAAGUGCUUAUUGUACUGAAUUUGUUCUGACUAGAGAGAAUGGGAGGGUAUUAGGUUGGCUGUCUUUGUAGUAUGUAUUCGCCCUAGUAGUGUUUCUGUGUGUCAUACAAAAAAUACUCUCAUAUGCUUAGUGGCCAAAAUCUCUGGAAUAGGGCCAUGCAGCAGUGUGGAUUUGAAAGGCAAAAUGCAAUUUAUAGUAUGCACGGAUGCGCCCGAAAUACCUUCAGGAUCAUCUCAAACUAGAUACAUCUUUCCCAGGAUCACGCUGCAGCUGCAAAGGACAGUCACAUAAGCCUAAGAAAAGUCACUGCUGCUUUAAGAUGUUCCUCACAGAUGCUACUUGUGGGGCCAUAUGCACUCUGAAGCCCAUGUUGGCUUUCAAUCCUGCAUAGCCCUGCUCUGAAAAUGUUUAAUGUUCUAGGGGGAUGAGAUCCUUUUGUGAACACUGCAAAUGAACAAGUCUUACGGAUUAAAUUGUGUUUUACAAGUAAAUGGUAUUCUGAAGCGUAAUUAACUCUUAUGAGUGAACUCCAUGAUUUAAUCUGUAUUAAAUAUUUGCACACUAUAGGCAAAGUUCAUGAUUUAGUUCUUUGUCAUUUAACUUGUAAAAAAAACAAUAACAGGAUAAAAGUUGAGGCAGUCUAGGCAAUGGGCUGGAAAAUCAAGUGUUAUUUUAACAGGCAGCAUGUAGAAUAGAAAUAUGUAAUACAAAAUUACCCAUUAUCUGUGUUGCAAUUGCAAUAAGCCAACAAUAGGUUGCCUGUGUGAAGGUAUGGCUUAGUGUCAAGGCUCCAUCUUGACAGUCUGUUGAUAAUGUGAUUAAAGUGAGCAGAGGAGAUGGAAUAA